AUGCUCGCCGACUUUUUAGCUGGAUGGGCUGCCGGUGAGCUUUCAAUUCGACUUUUGAAAGAUUUGGCACUAUUAAGAAUAAAAAGCACAUUUUCCUCCAGGCUUCUCGCAAAAAUUUUUAAAAAUCAAAGACAAUCAAAAUUUGGGCGCGAAAGGGCUCAAGUAAAGCAAAAUUUUUUCAUAUUUGAAACAGUUUCAUUAUCUUUUCUUUUUUAUUGUAAACGUGAAAAAUACUUUUUUUUUAUUAUGUAGUCCGAAAUUUGCACAAUAACGAAAAAAAUGAUGAAAAAUUACUACAGUAUCAAAAAAAUGAAAGUUGAAGAAAAGUAAGUUGAUGGCGAAUCUUCACCAAGAUAAAUGAAAAAGUGUCAUUCCCGAUAGAGAAGUUUUAUUCAUUGAAGAAUUUUGAUUCUGGAAACUUCAACAGUUUCAGAAAAAGCCUUCCUCAUUGGUUUUAUAUAUUUUAUUGCAAAAAAAUUCAAAAAUUUAGCUAUACAUUAUUUCGAUUGAUCAAAAUAUUUCGUCAACCACCUUAAUUGGAAUGCACUAAAUAAGAAGUAACUCUGAAGAAUUCUGAAGAAGCGGCUAAUAUUUUCGAUUAUGGCUUUGAAGAGGUUUGAUUUCAGGCGGGGCUGGUCUUCUCAUCGGCCAUCCGUUGGAUACCGUGAAGGCUCGGCUCCAGACUAUGAACGCCUACAGUGGAAUACUCGACUGUUUCACCAAAACUCUGAGAAACGAAUCGGCAAGUCUUGAAAAAACCCAUUUUCUAACAAAGUCGCGAAUUUUAGGUUGGAGGUCUUUACAAAGGUAUGCUGGUACCUUUCCUCUCGGCCGGCGCCCAACAUUCGUUGAUUUUCCUGGCCUACGGCGGCGCCUUGAAACUCCUGCAUCCCGGUGAAUCCAACGUCGACGCGCGGAAAGACUUGCCGAUGCGAGAGGUGCUGAGCUGUGAACGUUUAAAAUUUUAGGCUUGAAAUUUGUGCAUUUCUUCUUACGCUUUGCUUCUUUUUCCCAUAUUUUAUUCAAAACGCCUUUUUCCAAAUCGCUAUAUUUAUGCAGACACUUGACGCCGAGGAAAAGAACCCAUUUUGUCAAAUUCUUUGAAAAGAAAUAAAUUUGAAAAAGAGGAAAAUUUCGUAAGGAUCGGCUUGAAAUCAAAGAGUUUGCCUUUCAUUUUUGCUUUUCCGAUCCGAAACUCCUCUUUCAUUCUCGUUUUUCCCUGCCGCAACAAAACACUGAUAAAAAGAAGCGAUAAUUAAAAAUUUAUGAGAAGGAGAAUACGAAAAAGACAAAAAAGGAAUCUAAAGUAGAAAUAAACAAUAAAUUAGACAUAUUUUUUCAUUUCAAUUCAUGAAAAACUAAUUUUGAAACAUAAAGGCUUGACUUACAAUACGUUCAAUUUUCCUUUCGAAAACUGUUCUUACAUCCUACGCCCAUAAUUUCUAAGAAUUCGCUCGGAAAAUAGAAACGUUUCGAAGUGGAAAAAACAAAAUAACAACAAAGAAAAGGACAGUCUUUUUUUCAACAAAAGUUGUAUUAAGAUCCUCCUCGCCUCGAUUUGUGGUACAAUGCUUCAACUCGGCCCAGCGAUCCCCAUAGAAAUGGUCAAAACGAAGUUGCAGGUGUGGAUUAUUUUCAAAAAAAACUCUAAUUCAUCACAUUUAAUUUUCAUUUUCAAGGUUCAAAGGGAAAAUGCGACGCUUGCCAGAAAAGAUCAGCUUCUUUACCGGGGACCCGUCGACUGUCUCUUCAAAACGUAUCAAUACAACGGAUUUAUGGGACUUUUCAAGGUAAAACAAUAUUUCGAAAACUAAAUCCAAAAGAGCAGAUAAAACCGCAUAUUCGUUAUCACGAUGAUGUUUAUGAAAGGUUUAGUCUGAUGAAAUUGAUAUGAAUAAACUUUGAGUGUGACCAAGGUCUUUAUAAUGAUCUUCUGAAUCUCGCAAAGUUUCCUAAACACAAACCUUUUUUCAAAAAUUUUUUCAUUUGAACAUUAAAAAAACUUUGAAUCUCGCAAGUUUCAUUAUUUCGUAAAAUGAGAAACAUGAUUGCAAGAACACCUAUGAAAAAUUUAAGCUUGAAAGACCCAAAAGGUGAAGUUGAGAAAAGAAGAAGGGAAAAAAGUGUGAAGAAAGAGGAGACACAGUUGUCUCUCUUUCCCAUAGGCCUUUUCAGAUCUCAAGCUUUUUCAUUGCUAACUAGUAAGUUACGAUUCCGCUCUAGAUUCAUUCUUUUUUUUUCAUCAAUUGAAAAACUUUUUGAAUGGGACUCUAUAUUCACUCAUAUUCACUUUCAUUUCUCAGGGCGGCCAGGUGAUGUUCUACCGCGACAACAUAGGAUUCCUUUUUUACUUACCGGUUUACGAAGGCCUUCUUCGACUUUUUCGGAAGAACGACCUCGAUAAUGCGGCUUUUCAGGUCAGAAUCGAGGAUAUUUCCCGAAUAUUGCGGAUUUUCAGAUGUUGGCUGGCGGCAUCGCAGGCUCGACCAGUUGGUUCUCCAUUUGUCCGCUCGAGGUCCUCAAAAAAAUCGAAUUCAGACGGAUAAAGUACAUGAGAAGAUGUUAGUUUUUUUGAAAUAUAAUAUUUUUUUGAAGUUGAGAAAAAUUAGUCAAAAAGCUAUUGAAAUUCGUUAAAUAUUUGUGAAUGAACAUAAAAAAAUUAUUGUUAUUAUUAAGGAGGCACAGAAUUUUUUUGACCUACAGUUAUACUCAAUAUGGCUCUUUGCCUCAGACCACUUCGAAGUUUUUUUUUGCUUUAAAAACUUUUCGAACAUACUAUAUUAUAAAUCAAUCUCCAAUGAAAAUUUUCUCCAAUAAUGUAUUUUCAGCAACAUGUGGGAACUGGCGCGAGAAAUUCGACGAAAAGAAGGGCUCACGGCCUUUUAUCGAGGCGGUCUGGCCAUUGUUUUGAGAGGCUUCAUAGUCAAUUCUGUCCUUUUUCUCGUCUACGAGAAAACUUUGGAAUUGCUCCAAUGAUCAAUGUUCAUUUGUAUAUUUUGAGGCAUAAUUCAAAGUUUUUUCUCUUUUAGGGUUUGACUCUUUAUUUUUUAAUUGGACGGGUUCAUCUUCACUAAUUAUAUCAAAAAUGAUUCUUGUUUGCCGUGCCGUUGAUCUUUCUUGCAUUGUCCCCUCGAACAAUCUCUUGAAUCCGUUCUUCUCGCGCAGUUUGGCCCUUCAUCUAUUGAUUGAGUUGACCACGUCUCUCUGUGUUUUUUUCCACUUUGUUUGCUCUGUUCUUUUUUUCGCAAGUCUUGAACGGUUAUUCUUUGGACUGGGUAACCUUUUUCAAAGUCAAUUGUAUAAGACGACAAAUUUCAGACCCUUUUUCUCUUACUUUCAUCAAAAUUCUACUUGAAAAAUCGGAUGAAGCUUGCCAAGGUAGCUUGCCAAUCCCUUAUAGUCUGAGAAACUGUAGAAGAAUUUUUCAAAGAUGGGAAAAAGUUCGAAUGGAAGAUGCAAUAAUUUUCCUUCCAUUUUUUGAUAUUUUACCAAGAUUUCUCCAUUUUUUUUUGUGCGUUUGUUUGUUUUUUGUAAUUUUUAUUUCUCGCAUUAUUCAUCAUUUUGAACUUUGCUUGCAUCAAGAUCGUCAAAAGGUGCUAUCUGCUGUUUUUUUUUCUGAGGGAGAGAAGUUCUUUGAACUUUGGCUCAUGCCAUUAUUUUGAAAAUCUAGUUCAUGGUCUUGAAAAGAUUCUUUGAACAUUUUUGUCCGAUUUUAAACUUUUCGUCUCAUCAUCGUUAACUAUAUAUAUAUAUUUAUUUUUGAUGUUUGCUCAUGUGAAAAAACAGCCACGUUUGUUUACGCCGUGGUUUGGGAAAGAAAAAUGAUUGAAAUAUAUAUCGUGCAAAAAAACUUUUAACGUUUUUAUGAACCUUGUAAUAUACUGUUUUUCUUUUAGCUGUAAAAAAAUUUAUAUUAAUGAAAUGAAAUUGUAUUUGUUGGUCUAAAAAAAGAGUUCUGAUUCAAAAAGGAACGUUUGAAAAAAAUAUCUUGUUUAAAUAAAACGGUUGCAACCUUCAGUUUGAAUUUUAGAAAAUAACCGUGCUCCAAAAUUGCCUACUUUGAAAUUUUUUUUUCCGUUUUUGGUUUUUCUUUUUUUGUAAAGUAUUUCGCUCGUCAUGUAAUAACUUUUAACAGAGCUUCAAUGAUCUUCUACAUUUCAUGAAAAUCCUGUUACAACAGUUUCGAAAUUUCCCAGGCAACCAAACUUUUUUCACACUCUCUGGGUCUUCAAGCACCGUCCAAGAGCUGCCAUUUUUCCUUCCACUUGAACCACCGCCUUUUUUUGUCCCUUUUUCAAUUUUUCUGCGUGAGAAUAGAUCUUUCCCAUUUCUUUUGUUUUUUUUCUUUUGUUUUUUUGGAAACAAGAGAAAUGGGAAUAAAUUGCUUCGAAAGGGUUAAAUAGUUCUGAAAAGAAGGAAUUCUCCGCAAAGGGUCCUGUCACGAUUAGCAACGUAUUGCAUGAAAGAGGCAACUUUUACGUUUAUUCCCAUACUUUUUUUUUCUGUCUAUUAACAGUUUAUUUAUGGCUAGUUUUUUUUUUCCACAAAGAUGAGUAGGGUUUUGUAAGCUCUCAUGUCCCCCUCCCCCUCCUUAUUUAUCACCUUAUGAUCAAUUUAUAUCAUUGAUUGUGUUUUUAAGCAAGCAGCCUCCAUUAAGUUCAUUCAUUUAUAUCAGAUCAUUUCUGAAAAUAGAUUUGGAGUGAAAACUAAUAACCGACGUAGUUUUAUGUGAUCUUGAACCUCCCAGUCUUCUAUUUGCGUUAGCUAGACGCAUGUAAGUGAUUCGGGUUAACACCAAGAUCAAAUAUUCGAGUUAAAAAUUUCUUCCGCAAAUAAUGGGUUCAUUUCAGUUUUUUCUUGAUUUCUCCAUAACGUGGGUCUUUUAAUAGAUUAAAAACAAACGAAUGACUCUUAAAAAAUGAAAAAGUAUAGUUUUUGGUCUUUUCUUAUCACCAUUCUAAAUCAGAAUAAUCGUUUCCGCAGUUCGUAUAGCAGAGGCUUUAUCUUCUUUUUACUGUUUCUUUAUCUUUUUAUCAAAAUCACAUUCCGCUAUACGAUUCCUCAAUGAUUUAUAGCUUUUAUUAUCAGCUUCUUUUUGUUUUUUCGUACCUUCGUUUAUCUUUUUCAUUUUCUGAUUUUGCAGGCCGAACAUGUGGUCGUUAACUCCGUUGUUACUGACCCUUGGAGUAGCAGUUGCACUGGAGAAUGGGCUCGCCAGGUAAGGAGAAAGAAAGGAAAAUCUUGAAUAAAAACGAUCCUCCCAGUUCCAGUCUUUUUUUUUUGUAGAAUAGUUCGAUUAGAGCAGUACCUCUUAAGCGACCACAUCUUUGAACAUUUUAGGGAAAAUUUUUUUUUGAAUAAAUUUUAUACCUUUUUCGAAAGAUUCGAAGUUUUGCGUUGAAAUUCGGUCUAGAGGUCUUAUGGCCCUUAGAAAUGUUUUAUUUGAUGUAAAAUGAAUAAACGGAUGAUGAUGAUGAUGAUAAGGUUGAUCUAGGGAUUCCGAGGAUUUUCAUCCUGGAAUAGUGUAAAACUAAAUGUGAAAAACUAGACAGCUUGCAGUAGUUUGUAAAUCGGACAAAACGAAAAUUAUUCCGAAAAGCAAAAACUUGUUUCAAAACAAAACAGUACUGUUUUUUGAGCAACUUAGAACGAUAAAAAUUUUUUUAAAAGUAAGUUUUUUGCAUUUUUGAAUUUUUUUUGAUCGUCAUUAUUUAUUAGCAAUUUUCAAAGGGUCUUGGGAAGAUUUUGAAAACAUUACAGACAAUCACAUUUUAAGAACACCGCCAAUGGGUUGGAUGUCUUGGACGGCAUUUUAUUGCGAGCUCAACUGCACCAAGUACCCGACUGGCUGCAUCAACGAGCGGCUCUACAUGGACAUGGCCGAUCGCUUGGGUUCGUAUCAGACUGGUCUGCGUCUCUAGUUUUCCCAUUGUGUUUUCCAGCUUCCGACGGCUACCGAGAGGCUGGCUACGUCAGCGUCCACGUCGACGACUGCUGGAUGGAGCGGAAUCGCGACGGCGCCGGAGUUCUCGUCGCCGACCGAGAACGCUUUCCCAGCGGCAUGCAGGCUCUUGCCCAAUAUGUCAGUCUCGUACAGCUUCAGAGUACAACACAAUUUUCAUUCUUUGUUUUAGUCGUAGGUAUGAUUUGCUAGGCGGUGAACAAAAAAAUGAAGUUCAAACUUGUAGUUGAUCAGUUUGUAAGCUUGGUCUUGCGGUCCUUCGUCUCGUUCAAUUCAAUUUUUCAACAAGCUUUGAUUAACUCAACACCGCGAAAAAACUGCAACUGUUUCAGACUCACACUCGUGGCUUAAAGUUUGGAAUCUAUGAAGAUUACGGAACGUUAACCUGUGGCGGUUAUCCCGGUAGUUAUGGGUACUUGAAGGUUUGAAGAAAAAGAGCCAAAAAAUUAAUUAAAAUGAUCAGAUUGAUGCUCAAACGUUCGCGAAUUGGGAGGUCGACUACUUGAAGUUGGACGGCUGCAACAUCAACCUCGACCUCAUGCCCAUCGGUUUUUUUUUUGCUCAAUUGAAUUUAGAAGUCCAAUUUUCCUCCAGGUUACCCGCAAAUGGAGAGAGAGUUGAACGCGACCGGAAGACCCAUCGUUUAUUCUUGCAGCUGGCCAGCUUACCUCAUCGACCAUCCCCAUUUGGUGUGUUUUGGGAAAAAGCUUUCUGAGGGCUGAGUUUACAUUGAUGUGCUUCUUUUCAUUGAUGUGCUUUUAGAUUAUAGUGGUUUUAAAAAUUUCACGUCUUCAAAGUUUCAUUUUUUAUUCUCUUCCAGGUCAACUACCACGUCAUCGGCAAGUCGUGCAACCUCUGGCGCAACUUUGACGACAUCAACAGCUCCUGGAAGUCGAUCCAAUCCAUCAUCAACUACUACGAUCACAACCAGGACAAGCACAUUCCGACUCAUGGGCCUGGCCGUUGGCACGAUCCUGAUAUGGUCGGUUACUGACGGAUCAUUUGAGAACACUUUAAGAUCCUCCUCAGAGGCCGUUUUCGUGAUCGUUUACGCUUCGAUGUGGUAAAUGAUUUCAGAAAGAUGAAAUUAGUUUUUGGUCAAAUUCGUGAGCUGGAAGAGUUGAAUAUAUAAUAUAAAUAGAAAUAUUUCCUUCUGGAUACUCAUUUAAGUCUUAGAUUUACGCUGCGUAAUCUUUCAUGCACAUGUCUUCAGAGUACUGAAGAGAAUAGAAUAAUAAAGUUUAAAAAGAAAGUAUGAAAAAAACUUUGAGAUUGAAAAAAAGGAAGUCAAUUUAAGGUAUUCGUGAAAGUAAAAAAAAGAAAUUUUGUGAAAAACUUUGAAAAAGGUUUUCAGAAGAGAAUUUCCGCUAUAUGGAUACGUGAAAAAACUGUUGAUUAUUGAAAAUUGUAGUAUCUGAUUAAAAAUUUUUAAAAAAAGGAUCUUUUUCGAGAGACAUUUUUUUGGUAAUAAUAAAAAUUUUCGAUGUUUCACGGUAAGAAUAUCAAAAUGAAGUUUUUCAGCUGGUCAUUGGCAACAAAGGCAUCACCGUCGACAUGUCCAUCGCGCAGAUGACGAUUUGGUUUUCAUUGUACCUCUCAAUUAUAAGUUAAUUUUGAAUCAAGGUGCAUCUGGUCGGCGCCACUGAUCAUGUCAAACGACUUGAGGAUAAUCGGCAAGGAAUUCCGCGAGAUUUUGCUCAACCGCGAAGCAAUCGCCAUUGAUCAGGACCCUCUGGGAGUUAUGGGCCGCCUGGUGGCUAAUGUACGUUUUUUUCUACAUGGAUCUUGAAAUGGUUUUUUUUCAGACGACGGACAUUGGCGUUUACGUGAAGCCGAUCACUCCGACGGCAGGAUCCAGGACUUCUUUUGCUAUAGGAAUCCUCAACAGGAACAUUACAAAUGCUAAGGUUUUAUCGAUGGACGGAUAAAAGAUAAAUGGACUAGAAGAAGUUUCUGCCAAGUUUCUACAAAAAAGCCGUGGGUCUGAAAAGCUGAAACUGCUCUUCAGUGAGGAGGCCUGUAAAAUUUGACUGGGAAAUCUCGACUUCCAUUUUUCUAACUUUCACCGACUACCUUAUAGAAAUCUUUUAUUUUUUCUUAGAUUGAGUUCUAUAGAAAAAAGGGGAUUUAAUUUUUCUCAUUUUUUAACAUUAUUUCAAUAUAGAAAAGUACAUUUAGAGUCUCUACAUAGCAUUUGAAAGUCUCACUUUGCUUUUAUUACUCCCAGAUUUUUUUUCGGUCUGACAGUUUCCUGCCUCAAUGUCAAUUCUUACGCCAGCCACUGAAAACGUAUUUUCAGACGGUGGAAGUGGUUUUGUGGACUCUGGGCUUGAAGGACGAGGCCGGCUACAGAGUGAAAGAUGUCUGGGAGAAGAGCGAUCUCGGCAUUCUGAAGCCGUCGGACAAGCUCCGCACCCAGGUCAACCCGACUGGGGCCGCCCUGUUCCGUGCCGAACUCGUCAACCAAGCUCCCUCGCCCGAUCGCCCGUUUUUCUUUGGCGACGUCCCGAAUGACGCCUUCUUCCGGCCUGGCCGAGUUUUCAACGAAAGAAAACUUUCUGGAAACUACAACCCAUACGCCUUUAGCAACGAGUACUAG